AUUUAUUCUUGAGCAUCAUGCUGGAUAGGAUACGGAUUUUGGGCAAGAGGUGGAUGUGAGCGUGGUGGCGGUGGUGUGCUGGAUGUGGUCGCGGCCGGACAGACUAAAACCUGCGCCUGGCUCUACCCGGAACCAUUAUGCAGACAGGAAACAACCAUUUUAAGGCCAGGAGCAUCCGAGGAGCCGUCGUCUACAGAGGGGGGGGACACCUAAAGCUGACACGGGGCGGAGAGCAACCAGCCGGGGAGAAAAGAGGGAAUAACACGACGGGAACAAAACAAAGGCUCCGUGUGAGGGAAGAGGAGCAGUGAGCCACUCCAGCUGCAUGACUCUACUGUCACACAGACAAUGGACUUAUCGGGGCAGGCCAGCGGAAACAGUUUUUGUUAGCGAGAGAAAAGCAGCCCUCCCGGGCCGAUGGAGAGCCAGGCCUCUCACUCCGCUUUUCCCUGGAUGAAGAAAAAGGCCCCGCUGACAGGCUUUAGGGACCCCGUUCUCGCGGUGCACAGCCACCUUCGUGUGUUCACAUUUUUACUUCCUUGGUUCUGAGUCGGUUUUUUCGCACCCAGACGUCGCAUGCUACGAGAUUGUGGACCUGAAGUCACCGGUUUUCCCCGGACUGUCCUCCCCCCUCAUUCAGCGCCGUGGUCCAGCCAGCAGGGUGCUCCAGAUACAGACCUGUGGAUCAGCCGGCUCCUCGAAGAUCUCCUUGACUGGAUGGAAGGCCAGUGAAACAAUGGUUCAGCCUGCACAGAAAUAACGGACACACUCCACUUUAUGGGACUGCUAUGGAACAUUCUAAAGAAACACUACAGACUCUGUUUUCUUUUUUAUUAUAGUUUAGUAUAUUUAUGACAUUUUUUUUUCUUUUUUUUUUUUUUAAAGAAGCAUUUGACGCUUCACUCUUUAGCGACACAUUCAUGUAAGGAAAAUCAGGCUCUCGGUGGAUUAUCGUGGCCUGUUGGACGUUAGCAGGACUACUUGUGAAAAUCAGACCGCCGCAGGUUUGAUAAGGGCUCACUGCUGUUUCCAGCAGCUGCAAACGGGUUGUGCCACCCCUGAGUGCAUUGUCACAGCUGCAUUGGGAGAUGUUUCAGUUCAGCAAGUACCCCAUGGACAUUUUAGAAAUGCUAAGUGGACACCAAGCCCACCAGUUCAAAGGCCUUGGAUUAGAACGACAACUGAGCCACCAACAGCAAGUGCAGCUGCAGCACCAGCAGCAGCUGCAACAACAACACCAACCCUGUGGUGACACAUCUGGAAGCCUCUUGUCGGGCCUCGGCCUUGGGUCCCUCCAAACCUCACGGAGCAAUGCUUUUGCAGACUCCUCAUCAUUGUUUGCCAAAAUGAGUGCUCCUCCUCCAUCCAUCUCCCACCAGAGCCAGUCGUCCACGUCGUCUCACAGCUCCAGGAAGUCGAGUAAGAUGAGCAGCAGUAGCAGCAGUGGCAGCGGGAGCUCCUCGUCGGGGUACCCCCAGUUUCUGCGGCCUUUUCACCCUGCUGAGGCAGCGCUGGCUCAGGAGCAGCUCCACUCUGGGAUGGGACGUUUCGACUUUGGUGGGAGCAGCAGUGGAGGAAGCGCAGGAGUCAUUGGGGGGGUUGUCACACCUGCACCCCCGCCUCCCCCGCUCCAUCCAGGUCUCUCUGUGCCCCAGCCCUCUUCUGGCCCUUCUUCCUCCUCACCCUCACCCUCCACCUCUGCUUCCGGCUCCAACAACCCCUCUGGUAGCACUGCGGUCCCCUUAGUUGGCCAGUCCGAUCCUCGCAGUCUCCACCAGCAGUUCAGCUGCAUGCUUGCUGCUAAUCAGUACUUCCUGUCUGGUGUUCCCACCAGCAGCAGCCUAGAGCAGUUCCUCGUCCAGCAGGGCACUCACAACCACCUAGGUUUGGGCCUCGGGCAAGGCGCCUCAGAGUCAAACUCAGCACUGGCUGCCCCUCCUGCACUCCACUCCUCCCACAGCCACACAGCUCCACAGCCUCAGCAGCAACAGCAGCAACUCACCCCACACGCCUUAUCUCAUCCACACAGCCACACUCACCACCCGCACCCUCUUCACCCAGCCCCGCAGCCGGCCCCACUGGGCGGUUUUGAUUUCCAAGGCAUUCCUGUCCUCUCCUCUAACCAGAUAGCAUCGCUAAUGCAGCAAGAGGCUGGCCUCCCCCUCCCGCUGCCCCUGCACCUGUCCCUCUCUAAAGAUGAUGGAGCAAAGUCUGUAGACAGCUCGUCUACGUCAGGAUCGAGUGGGGGUAGCAGGAGAAAGAAGGCAAUGGCGGGUUAUCUGCCCCAGAGGAAAACGGACAGUAGCAGCCACAGUCACAGCAGCAGUAGUGUUAGCAACUGCCACAACAGCAGCUCGAGUGGGCACAGUCAGAGCUCCUCAUCGGGCCUCGUAGGAGGAGGGGGGUCUGGGGGCGUCAGGCUAAGUGGAAUCGGAAGUGAACCGCAGCAUUCCUCUCUCCUCUCACCGUCCUCGCAGCAGCAACAGUCAUCCUCCACUGUGUCCUCCUCCUCAUCUGUUCCCACCUCCUCAAAUCCCACCUCUGUGCUCGUUGCCAACGGAAACCAACAGCUGUCAAAAUCCCAAGAAAAUCAUAACAGCAUCUCAUCAGGCCAGACAGAACCAGAACCCCUUUACCACUGUGGUGAGUGUGGUAAAACCUUCACCCACCUUUCGAGCCUACGAAGGCAUCUCCGCAGCCAUGGGUUGACACCAGAAAGCCAAAGCAGGAAGUCAGACUGUAACUCUCCCAGCCCGGAGAGGAUAUUCUGUUGCGGCGAGUGUGGGAAGAGAUUUAAAAAGAGAGGUCACCUCAUCCAGCACAGUGUCACCCAUUCAGAAAACCGGCCUUUUGUCUGCAGCAUCUGCCAAAAGUCCUUCAACCGUCGAGAGUCACUUACGAGACAUGAGAAGAUCCACGACGAGAAACCUUUCCGCUGCCCGGCAUGUGGGCGUUGUUUUCGUGAGAGCACCUCUCUCCUGAACCAUGCCGCUUCAGGUGCUUGUGGCAAACCUCCACGCAGUUCAAAAAACAGGGCCAGCAGUGCAGGGAGUGCAUCUUCCAACCCUAGCAGCAGUAAAAUGGAAAGUAGAAGUGACAGCGUAGGGAUUUCAAGUGAUGGGGCAGCGAUGGCCAGUGACAAAUAUGCAACAGAUUAUUCCAGAAAUCGCUACCAGAGCCAGUCGUCCUACAACAGCAGCGGUGUCGACGACUACAGACGAUCCCAGCCUUCAUCUCUGUAUCCCCCAGAAAGCACAUUAGCCAAUGAAAUGACCAACCAGACCCUCCGGAAGGCCCCUUUAGCCCCAACUCUUCACCCCCACCCACAAAGUCAGCAACAUCACCACCAUCAACAGCAACAACAGCCGCACCUUCCACUCUCUUCCCUAUUGGAUGAUUCAGAAGAUGAGGUCACCAGCAGUGCAAUGUCAGCCAUCGCUGCUGCAGCCGCCGCCUCGUGCGAUAUAAACACAGAAAGCCGGGAAGGAGAGAGGAGGGAUAUCAUUGGAGGCCUAUUGGGGGGGUUGGGGUUUGGUAACCUAGGUGGACCGUCAUCCACCUCCACCCUGAAUGGUUCCACCAUGCCGCUGACCCACCCCAGCCAGCCGCACACAAAGCCCAGGAGGCCGCGAAAGCCCAGAGAGAAAAGGGAUCCCAAUACCAUCGUCAGGAGGAGGAGGAGCCCAGCACCGCCAGGCGACGGAUCGGAAAGGCCGUACGGAUGUCAGAUAUGUGGCAAACGCUUCAGGAGGGCGGAGACUCUGAGGCGCCACAACCGUGUCCACACAGGGGAAAAGCCUCACGCGUGUGACGUCUGUGGCAAGAUGUUCCGUGAGCCUUUCCACCUCACCAAGCAUCUGACUGUACACUCGGGUCAAAAGAACUACAAGUGCAAUCUUUGCGGGAAGAUGUUCGCCUACGCUCAGAGCCUCGUGAGACACGGGAAGCUGCACAGAAGAGGAGAAAUCGACAACCAGGGGAGGAGAAUAAAAGGUGCUGCUGCCGCCAUCAGCCAAGUCGCCAACACAGGGAACUCUGACUUCUUCUCCUCCUGCUCUCAAGGAGAAAAGUCUCCAACGUCUGGCACGCCAUCACAGAGGCUUUACACCUGCACCGUUUGCUGGAAAUCCUUCCGUCACUAUUUCCACCUGACAGCACAUCAGCAGACUGUCCAUGGCGGCAGGGUGGGGCUGGAGAAGUCUUUUCGCUGUGAAGUGUGUGGCAAAGCCUUUGCUUAUUCUAACAGCUUAGUGCGGCACAAGCUGUCUCAGCAUGGCAUUGACCGCAACGGUCAGCGCGUGAAUCAGAACCAACCCUCUGGAUACUCCCCGCUCUUCUACGAUUCUAAUUCAGCUCCCAACUACGCUGCUUCCUCCCACAUGCCACAGGGGACAUCCGGACAACAACCAAACCCACAGCAACAACAACCGCCGCCGCCACCACCACCACCACCUCCUCCUCCGCCACCCCCACCACAACAGCAACAACAACAACAGCAGCAACACCCGCACCCUUUUUACUACCGCCCAAAAAACUACCAAAAGCGUCAUGGGCAGACAAGAAAGCACCGGAAGAAAAAACGGCGAGUAGUGAUCCACAGCAUCAUGAGGGACGGAAAGCUGGUGGGCGUGCCCCUGAGUAAAGACACGCGCAGGAAGCUGAUGAUUCUGAGAAAGAAGAGGGGCAGACUACAGGCUCAGCUCAACAAAAAAAAGCUCCUGGCACAGUUGAGGAUAAAGGGCAGUGUAAUGAAGGUGAAGUCAUGGUGCGGUGGCGCCGUCAGGGUCACGGGGCUUACAUCGAUGGACGUCCCCAUCAAACGCUUCCCCUGCCCCAUCUGCCCAAGCACCAUGUAUGCCAAGCAGGGUUCUCUGCUGGUCCAUCACGCCAUUAGGCACCCACCUAGGAACUCAGGCCGCCAUGCCCGUCUGCGGUGCCAGGUGUGUGAGAGGCGCACCAGUUCGUUAUACAAAGCCUUGAAACACAGGGGCCAGCAUCUUAAACAAGCUGCAUUCCAAUGCCACAAAUGCCGACACAGUUUUUGGAACCCGCGGCUACUCGCCCGCCACAAGUUCUGCUGCCGGGCGACCACCAGCAGUGGGGGUGGGAGCUGGGGACUGAUGAGAUCUCCAUCGUCAGAUGAUGAACAUUCACCAGUCCAGCUGCCAGUCCCAGGUCUGGUCCAGCCUGAGAGAUCAACGGUUCUGACUGACUACAGUCAGUAAACAUAUUUUUUUUUUU